ACAGUCAUGGUCCAGUCAGUCCAGUCAUCGUUGUUACACUCCCUGUAACCAUAGUUACAGUGAUUGUUGUUAUGUAACGUAGCCAAUACGUUGCUCCUUCAUAAAGCAUUAUGUCGCUCCUCACAAUGUUGGCAGGCCUAGCCUGUACAGCACUUCUUAGUUCCAGUCAGAGUACUCUAAAUGACACUACUUACUUCUAUAAGAAAGGUAAGCUGAUGCUGGGGUUUGUAGAUAAUUACCCCAGCAAGAUAAGCCCACAUCAGAUGCAGAACAUCUUGACUUUCCAGCGAACAAUCCAACAGUUUGCAAAGCCCCUAUUGGACGGUGAGCUGGAUGUAGGCUAUGUGAUGUUUCUGACGGAUAAGGAGCACUGUUUGAUUGACAUGUUAUAUGUCUUACAGCAACACCCCAACAUCAUAGCAUUCGUCGGACCCAGAACGUCUUACUACGUCAUGUCUAUGUCAUCCCUGUUAUCUGCCUUCAGAAUUCCCACGUUUGUAUACGGGUCCUCUAUUCUGAGUGACUACAUGUUGGAGUCUUUGGCUUGGAAGUACGUUCUACCGAUGACUGCAACUGCUACCGGACAAGCCACCACGACCCUGCCCAGAGUGCUGAAGAAUAUUGGCUCUGAUAUCGUAUCAGUGGUAUAUGAUGAUACGGACUACGCUCGCCCCCAACUCCCAAUUCUGUUAAAGUCUCUGAAGAACCACGGGAUAGAUAUUAAACGUAGCACUUUGCUUACCGACAAGAUAACUGAUCAGUCUACUUUAUCAGGUGUAUUAGAGGACUUGAAGGAAGCUAAGCUUUACAACAGAACACUAGUGAUAGUGACUCUAGCGUCCUACAGGAGGAUAGAGGGCACUAUAAACUGGUUGCUAUCUGAGUUAGUAGAAGAGCCAGCAAACACACUGCUAAUUACCAGUAGUUCAGGCUGCGUGCUGAGUAUCAAUGAGACGUGGAGUGAGAGGGGUGUUAACGUUAUCAAGACCUGUCAGACGUAUAAUAUUGAGGUUGAGCUGCAGGAGUACUUCCAGAACACUGCUACUUUGUGGGAGGGGGAGGAGGUGGUUAACCCUCUCCUGCUGGAGAAGGUGGAGGGGCAGGGUGACUGUCACAACAACACUUGCUUCAGAGACUUGUUGUUGCUAUACGCGGCUGCAGGCAGACCUUAUUCCUCUUACAAUCACAGGAUAAUGUACGCUUUGAGAGCGCUACUUCUGGCGCUGGAGAGUUCAGAUCCAGACCUACUGAGGGAACACGCAGCACGUGCUGAUGGUUUGGCACCGUUCCAAAGUAACCUUAGUGACUCACUUGUGAGACUAUUUAAACAGAAGUCAAGUCUGUUCCAGUCCGGGCUACAGUUUGGUCAGAACCAGACCAGAUCAGUUCCUUAUCUAAAUGUGGGUCUGAUCUUCAACAGAAACGAAGCAGUGGAGUGGAGAGAAGAUAGUUCUAACGUUAAAAGUUCAGAAUACCUUCAACUGUUCCUAUCUAAACAUUUGGAUAAAAGGAUAUCGUGUAGUUUAUCCUGUGCUCCGGGACACUAUAUGUUUAAAGAUCCUCUGCAACUAGCGAAGAACUGUUGGGAUUGCGUCAAAUGUCAUGGUAAUAGUUACUCUGACACUGGUAACGCUUCAAAGUGUGAGCAGUGUGGGGAAGGUAGCUGGUCGAACAGUGACAAGACUAGUUGCUCAAGUGACACUACAAGUCUACAUCUGAUAAACCACCGCUACGGAAGUAUUGUGCUCGCUGUCGUGCUCAUCUCCCUCAUCAUUGUCAUCGUAACUUUCGCGCUUUACUUGUGUUUGUGGAACAGUAUAGUAGUAGUUGCCUCGGGAAGAGAUCUCGCUACGUUCAUGUUUCCUGGCAUGUUGUGUGGACUAGUGGACGCUGCUCUCUUAGCUUCAAAACCAGGAGCUGAAGUCUGCGUCUCUGUUCAGGUGCUCUCCCACCUCUUCAUUGUACUGAUAGUCCCUCCUCUCUUCGUACGAACACUCCGAAUACUUGUAGUCUUCAACUUCUCCGUCUCUAACAAGACACUUGUUCAGUAUGUGACCAAGAACUAUGUGUACGUACACAUGGUUGCAGUAAUGUUACCUGUCUUAUUCUCUCUUGUCUACGGCUUGUUGGAACCCAACUACAGGUUCACAAAGCGUGUAACAGAGGAGGGUUACUAUGACAACAUCUACAAAGUAACGUCAUCCUGUGCUCCUGCACACUUCACCCUAGUGUACUUUCUUAUAGGCUACGUGCUCACCAUACUUCUUAUUGCUACUGUUAUGGGCUUCAAAACUAGAAAACUGCCCGAAAAUUACAAGGAGUCUCUACACAUAUUCAUGUGUUCUCUGAUAACACUAGCAUUAGUGUUGUGCUACGUUCCUGCUAUGAUACUUAUACCCGGGGAGAAACAGGUGUUCUCGCUUUCUGUUAUAGUGGCAAUACUUUCUCUCAUGGUAAACACUACGAUAUUCCUCCCUAAAAUCAUUAUGUGUAUAAAGAACCCCGAGCUGCGGAAACGUAAAGCUAAAUCCCUCAGGAGUGAACAAAGCAGGGUUUCCAACACUAACUUCGAAUCUAGGGACUAUAAAAGUGCUCCUUUAUAAAUUUACUACGAUUAAUAGGUGAAUUUAAAUAGAAAAUUGAAGAACAGUGAACUACUUCCAGUUUAAUCGAGUAGGAAAUAACUGCUAUUUGAAAAUCUGAGAUCAUGCUUAAAAUGUAAUCCUAUUUUGGAGGGGGAUUUGUUUAUCAGUUCCCGGAUCAGCACUUAUCA